AUGAAGAGAACAUCCAGUAGCAUCGUUCAACGGUUAAUUACCCACAACAACAGCAGCCACACAUCGAGCCUCACCAAAACAACAAGACAAUAUUUUUGCCCCAGAAAUUGUGUUUUCAAUUAUGCUUUGUCGAACAAACCAAACAUAAUUGUUCCGAACAACAAAUUGUUGUGUUGUCCAACAACAACAACCACAUUUGGCCAAAUACGUUCUUACACCACCACAAAUUGGUGGAAGGAGAAAGAAGCAUCAACAAAUGAUAAUGAUGUUACGUCAGCACCUUCAUCCUCCGAACCAAUCACUCUCUAUUUGAUGGAUUACGAGAGUUGGAACGCACAACAAGUAGCUUCAGUAUUGACUUCUCCUAAAUCUUUGGGUGGUGCUGGUUUGUCGGUUGAUGAUGUGAAGCCUUUGUAUGAGGCUGGCUUUAAAGGCACAUCUCUCCACAACAUUGUUGAGAAUAUCAAGUUGGACGGUGUAAAGUAUGCCAUUGAUCAACUGCAAAGUACUUAUAACAAGAGUAGCAUUCCUCAACUCUCCGACACUUGUCAAACUGUUGUAUUUUGGGUGCUCGAUCAAUUAAUGACCAGACAAUAUUCACUAUGGCAAUUGGAGCCAGUGAGUAAACAAAUCAUACAAAAAUUGGGCGAACCAAUUGCAAAAGGAGGUGCUGAUUUGAGUCUUGAUCAAGUUUCUUCAUUAGAUAGCAAAACUCUCUAUAGCAUUGCAAAAAAUGUAGUCUCUUCCAAGGAGACUUCUUUCAUUAGAAAUCUUGACUUGAGUUCAGGUACAACACUUGUCCAAUGGGUCAAACAAUUUCUACUACAAAACCAUAAGAUUCAAAUUGAGCUGAAAAAAAUUCCCAGCUCUAUUUCCUUCGAAGCACCUAUAUUCAACAAUCUUGCUUAUCAAAACAACAAAAACACUGUUGAAAUGAUGGCUGAUGUGUUGAUAGGAAACAUUUGA